UGAUCUAGCUUAUUUCAUCACACAACACAUACAUACAUACUUUGAAAACAAAAUAGUGAUAAUCAUGGCUAAGUCUGCUUCCAUCAUCACCCUUAUCUUCGCUGCUCUUGUUCUCUUUGCUGCUUUUGAAGCCCCGUCAAUGGUGGAAGCACAGAAGUUGUGCGAGAGGCCGAGUGGGACAUGGUCAGGAGUUUGCGGAAACAAUAAUGCUUGCAAGAAUCAAUGCAUUAACCUUGAGGGAGCACGACAUGGAUCUUGCAACUAUGUAUUCCCAGCUCACAAGUGUAUUUGUUACUUCCCAUGUUAAUCUCCCAAAAGUAUUUGAUGCUUAAAGUGUAUUUUACAUAAAAUAAGUCUUUGUCACUCUACGAGCGACUUUAUGACAUGCAUGUUAAUGUUUUACUGUUUGGUUUGACUUUGUUGUUAUAAACUUACAAUAAUAUAUAAGUUUUAUAUA